AUGCAGCCGACAUCAUCAAAAUCAUCGUUUAUCUCACCUUCAUCGAGUGAUAACAAUACACACACAACUACACCACCAUUAUCUUUCGGAUCAUUAAAUUCUUCGGUAAGUUCUUCUGUUACUACCCCAACAUUUCCACCUAACGAUGAUAUAUGGACAACACAAACAGGCAUGUGUUCUCCGUACAUGCAAUUAGCCUAUAAUCAAUCGAAUGGACAAACACAGCGAUACUCAUUGCCACCAAACGAUAAAAAUACCAUCAAUUCAGUUUCUGCUGCUGCUGUUCAGUUUCCACGACGUUUUUCUGCUUCGAAACCACCAUUCAGUUAUAUAUCACUUAUUACAUUAGCGAUUAAUGAGUGUCCAAAUCGAAUGUGUACAUUAGCCGAGAUAUACCAGUUUAUUCAAGACCGUUUUCCCUAUUAUCGUCAAAAUCAGCAACGAUGGCAAAAUUCCAUUCGACAUAGUUUAAGUUUUAAUGAUUGUUUUGUUAAAGUGCCGAGGAGUGCUGAUCGACCUGGUAAGGGUUCAUAUUGGACGUUGCAUCCAGAAUCGGGUAAUAUGUUUGAGAAUGGAUGUUAUCUAAGACGACAAAAACGUUUUAAAUGUUUGAAAAAAGAUGGCAGUCUAUCGAAAGAUUAUGGACAAAAACUAAAUAAAAAAUCGAACAACGGCACAAAAUGUCGAUCGCCAACUGAUUCUGGCGGUGAAUCGGAUUAUGAUUCACAAGGAGAAACAUGUUCAGCAUCAACUACUGCUAGUCCUUCUGAAACGCGUCAGACAAAUCAUCAUUAUGCCGACUAUCAAAAUGGUCAUCAUUAUCAUCAUAUAGAACGAGCCAUGUAUGACGCACAAUUAAUAGAUCAUCAGCAGCAGCAACAAGAUGCCGAUAAACAGUCAAAAACAAAUUCUCACGAUAUCAUGGUUAAAUCAGAAGUCUACAAUCAAUUUUCAAAUAGUCAACCAACAGCAGCUACGACAACUACUCUUGUUCCAUCGAUACACACAUUAUCGAUAAACGGUCGUUAUACCGGGAACGAAUGUACCGAUAAUUCAUAUACGACAACAGCAACAUCUAAAAUAGCUGAACAGUACGAUUUUUCUCAAUUCAAUGCAUUAGACUCUCAACAUUUUGCCAUGAAUGGCUCAGCAUUUCAACAUCCAUUUGCAAUUAAUAGCAUUAUUAAUAAUGAAGCAUUGAUGAAAUACAGUCACGAUUUAAAACCGUUUUAUUCUGAUUCGAUGUCAGCUGCAGCUGCAGCAGCUUUCUUUACACCAUCACCAGUGACAACUAGUGACAAUCUAAGAAAUAUGUCACACAAUCUACAAAAUGAUUAUUAUUUUUCUGGCCAAUAG